AAGCAGAUUUAGGAUUAUCCUGAUUUACCACAAAGUUGUUUCUUGGGUGUACCUUUUAGGUGACCAAUCCAAGAUUGGGCUAUUCUUUUUCUGAAUACCAAGUCAAGGAGGUUUGUCAUUCCCUGGAUGACUCCUGUCUUGAAACCAUAGAAAUAUGACAGUAAUUAACACUAGCCAGACAAGUUUCAUCUUAUUUGUUCUCUACCCUCCACCAAGCCCAUAAAAACCAACCAACCAACACUGGACAUGGCACAUAAAGCUGUGAACCACUGAUCAUCUUAAAAGCUACACCAGGAGAUCCUUAUUUUUAUUAUUACUCUCAUCAUUGUCAUCAUCGUCAUCACUACCAUUGUCCCUGAUACCACCACAACCAUCAGAAUACUAUGUACAGGUAUGGCAUAUCUUCCCAGAGAAGAUCUUGGCCUCUAUGGAUGACGAUCCUUAUUUUUCUUGGAGUGAUGCUGAUCUUGGGAGUGAUUAUUGGUCUCCUGGUUCAUUUUCUGGCAGUUGGAAAAACUUACUAUUACCAAGGUGAUUUUCAUAUUUCUGGAGUCACUUACAAUCACAGUUGUGAAAAAGCAGUUUCACAAACCGGCACAGAUCUAAGUAAAGCUAUUGAAACUAAGAUGUCAGAUGCAUUUCAAAAUUCUAGUGUAUACAAAGAAUAUAUCAAUUCUCAGGUUAUCAAAUUUCUGCCUUAUCCCAAUGGAUCAAGGGUACAGUUUCAAUUGACACUGAAGUUUCCACCAGCAAAGAAGAAUAGCAUGAAAACUAAAAUCGAAGGUAUCUUACAUCAAAUGUUGAAGGACAACAUGGCAUCCUGGAAUGCAGUUCCCUCUUCCAUUAAACUUACAGAAACCAGCAAGGCUAAUGCUGAAAUGCUCACUAACAACUGUUGUGGAAGACAACUGGCCAACAGUAUCAUUGCAGGCAACCGAAUUGUGAAUGGGGAAAACGCCCUGGUAGGGGCCUGGCCCUGGCAAGCAAGCAUGCAAUGGAAAGGCCGACACCACUGUGGUGCCUCUCUGAUUAGCAGCAAGUGGCUCCUAUCUGCAGCUCACUGCUUUGCUCUGAAAAAUAAUUCAGAAGACUGGACUAUCAACUUUGGAACUCUAGUAAAUAAACCAUAUAUGAGGAGGAAAGUCCAAAACAUUAUUUUUCAUGAAAAUUAUACCAAGGCCGGGGUCCAUGAUGAUAUUGCCCUCGUGCAGCUUGCUGAAGACGUCUCUUUUACGAAGUAUGUUCGUAAGAUUUGUCUUCCUGAAGCCAAAAUGAAGCUCUCAGAAAAUGACAGUGUUGUAGUUACAGGAUGGGGAACACUUUAUAUGAAUGGUCCUCUCCCAGUAAUACUUCAACAGGCUGUUUUGAAGAUUAUUGAUAACGAAGUUUGCAAUGCUCCCCAUGCAUUAUCUGGCUUGGUGACUGACACAAUGCUCUGUGCUGGAUUUAUGUCAGGAGAAGCUGAUGCCUGUCAGAAUGAUUCUGGUGGACCACUAGCUUAUCCUGACUCUAGAAAUAUCUGGCACCUUGUUGGAAUAGUAAGCUGGGGUGAGGGAUGUGGUAAGAAGAAUAAACCGGGUGUCUAUACUCGCGUGUCUGCUUACCGUGACUGGAUUACCUCUAAGACUGGACUCUGAGAGAGAAGUCAUUUUGGAAAGACACAAAAGACAACCGUAGAGUAUUCUUAUCCAUCGCUGCAGAAUCUUUUUGAUUAAUGGUAUACCAAUCGUUUCUUAUGUACAAAUGCAUGAAGGUCUGGAUUAAUAUUUUAUCUAAAAUUCUAUCCAUUCAUUUAUUUACCUAUUUAACUCAUAUAAGAAAUAGGAAGGAAAAAAAGAAAGGGUGGCCAAAAUAUUUUCAUGAAUAGCCUAGUUUUGACAUUAUGUUCAUAGUAGACCUUAAUUUAUUUUUCAGAAUUAAAAGAGAUAUACAUUUUGGUAGCAUGAGAACAUAUAUGUUGGCUCUACCAAAUAAAUUAUUUUUCAUUCUAUAAAUUAUAAUUACAUUUUGUUAAACUGGAAUAUGUAAGACAAAUAAUGUACAUGCACUUUUAUUUAUAUGGGAGAUAGUUUGUGUACCUUGUAAGAUAUCAGAGCUUCAACUAGACCAAGUCUCUUAACUUACAGAUUGAGAAGCUAAAAACAAUUCUUGCUUAAAGUCAUUCUUCAGCCUCUCUGAAAAGCUGUACCACUCACGUGAAUUUUCACUCAUAGAAUUUAAAUCCAAAAUUAGUCCGGAAUUUAAAAAUGAUUUUAAAGUUGCCAUUCUUUAUUUAGUAUUUCCUUCCUAUCCUUCUUCUGUUAUUUGUCUGGACUCCUUUGCAGCAAAAAAUACCAUGAGGCCCUCAAGGGCGGAGAACUGUGUAGCAUCUCAUGUAGUAGCUCUCCUGACAGUGCAUGUGCCAGUGUAUGAAGGGCCAACUUUGUAAUCUCUGAAAAUAGUUCACCUUUUGUAAUUUCCUAAAAUUAAAAAAGUAGUUUCAAAUUUCAUAAGCAGCUGAAAUAAAAAAUUCUCUCCCUUCAAUUGUGAUGUUACUCUUUUAUUUUCUCUUUAUCAUAAAUUAUGACUCAAAUGACAUGCAUAAUGACAAGAAGCCAGUCCAUAACCAGGUGUGACAGGAUGGCGCUCUUGUCCUCCCCAUACUUUUCUCAGGCAUGGGACACACAUUUAUUGAACACCAGUGUGUUCUAGGAACUGUCAGUAUUGUCUUUCAAGGCUGCUGCAUUUAGUGGAUAAACAUAGGCAGUAAACACAUGAAUAAGUUCGGAUUGUGGUAAGUGUUAUGAAGGAAAAAAAAAAGCAAUGUGAUAGAAAAUAAUGGGGCAGAUGAGAAGUACUUGAGAUCAGAGAGUCUGAACAACUUUUCAAGAGGGCAGCAUUUGAAUUGGAUCUAAAUGAUGAAGUGGCAAAAUAUACAAAACAUCUGAGAGAAGAAAACUAAUGGGAACAAUUGUAGAAUCCUUGAGGGAGAAUUACAAGUGAAGUGGAUGUAUGGGUAGAAAAAAAAGAGCCAGUGGGACUUAAGCCUGGUGGGUAAGUGAAAGAUGGUAGGGCAGAACUGGAACGAGGUAAUUAAGGGCCAGGUCAGAGAAGGCUUUGUAAAGACCUUGAUUGUAUUCAACUACAGUGGGAGACCCUUGAGUUUUCCAAGCAGA